GAGAGAGAAGAGAGAGAGAGGGAGUGUGAGAGAGAGAGAGGGAGUGUGAGAGCACAUCCAAAACUAAACUCGCGCCACACACACACACAGCAGAUCCGCACAGCAGUGACAGGGCGACUCGGCUCAGGCACCGCCGUCGCCGCCGCCGCCGCCACCGCACAGUCGGCUCAGGCAGCACCAGCACCACCCGGGAGUCCCGCAGGGCCCGGGCGGCCGAGGCGGACCGGACCGCAUAUGGCGGCGAUCAGGAAGAAGCUGGUGGUGGUGGGGGACGGCGCCUGCGGUAAGACGUGUCUCCUGAUCGUCUUCAGUAAGGACGAGUUCCCGGAGGUCUACGUCCCCACCGUCUUCGAGAACUACGUGGCCGACAUCGAGGUGGACGGCAAGCAGGUGGAGCUGGCCCUGUGGGACACGGCGGGCCAGGAGGACUACGACCGCCUGAGGCCCCUCUCCUACCCGGACACCGACGUCAUCCUCAUGUGCUUCUCGGUGGACAGCCCCGACUCGCUGGAGAACAUCCCCGAGAAGUGGGUGCCCGAGGUCAAGCACUUCUGCCCCAACGUCCCCAUCAUCCUGGUGGCCAACAAGAAGGACCUGAGGAACGACGAGAACGUGAGGAACGAGCUGGCCCGCAUGAAGCAGGAGCCGGUCCGGACCGAGGACGGCCGGGCCAUGGCGGUCAGGAUCGGGGCCUACGAUUACCUGGAGUGCUCGGCCAAGACCAAGGAAGGGGUCCGGGAGGUGUUCGAGACGGCCACCCGGGCCGCCCUGCAGAAGCGACCCCGACCGAGCAGAGGCUGCGCCCAUUGCUGCAGCGUCUUGUGAUGGGGGUUUGCGACCCCCCCGAUGCUGAUGGUUGUUGUUGUUAUUUU